AUGUCCUUCACAAUCUUGCAGACCAUGACCACCCAGGGGCCUACUCAGGCGACCCGUGAGCACAUGAUCAAGACCCGCGACGGGUUCCAUCUCGCGACCGACAUCUACAUUCCAACUGGGCAUGAACCAGAUACCAAAUACUCCGCUAUCCUCUCCCGUACGUGCUACGACAAGUCCAGCGACUACACCGGCCUCAAGUUCGAAGCUGAAUCCUUCAACGCCCGUGGAUACGUCUUUGUCGCACAAGAUGUCCGCGGCAAGUUCCGAUCGACGGGCACUACUGUGCCAUACGAGCACGACGUCGACGACGCGUAUGACACGGUCGACUGGAUCAUCGCCCAGCCGUGGUCAAACGCCAAGGUCGGUCUUGUCGGCGCCUCGUACUACGGCUUCACAGUCUGGGCUGGCGUCGCCUGCGGUCACCCAGCAGUCAAGGCUGCCAUCCCCCAGGUGACUGGAGUCGACAUGGCUCAGUCCCACGUCGCUCCCAGAGUCAAUUUCGAAAUCCCCUUCCACGGGGCCUUGAGUGACAUUCUUCAGAUCUGGACCAACAAUAAGGGCUACCUCGCCGAGAUCGACUACCAAAAGCCUGCCGCCGAAAUCAUUGCUGAUGCGGAAAAGACCAUCGGCAUCUCCAAAGCGGCCCAGAAGUUCCUCAAGCAUACCCAGCACAUGGCAUGGUACAAUCCCUACGGUGAUCGCCAUCCAUAUCAUACAACCAGUAUCCCAAUUCUCCAUUGGCAGGGCUGGUACGAUCCUGGCCUGUGCCCCUUGGGUAUGAGGGACUGGAGAUACUUCCAGCGGCAGCCUUCCAUGACUGGCCUUCACUACCUCCGUGUGGCUUCGGAGGAUCAUAGCACGUUCCGUCUUGAGGAUGUCGGAAAAGGCCGCGAUUUCCACUCCUACUUCAACAAAGAUGUCGUCCGCAGAAAGCAGGCAUUUGAUCACCAAGAGAUGGCCGACUUCUUCGAUGAGCACCUCAAUGGGAUAGAGCCAGCCAAGCCUCGUGCCCGCGCGCGGUGGCAUGUUGGGCACCUCGGCUGGCAGGAAACCCAUCAUUUUCCUCCAAAGACCGAGGCAAAGGUUUUCCAUUUGACUCAAGGAUCUGAAAAAGGGAUCCAUCGUCUUGACGAGCAAGGUACCAAAGACUCCAGCGUCUUGACUUGGACCCAUGACCCUGAGAACCCGGUGCCUAGCACGCACGACAUCGAGUCGAUAUGGUUUCUCCUGCUCUCCUACCCAGAUGAGAGAGAUCAAGCGGGCAGACCGGAUGUCUUGGUCUUUCGCACAGAAGUAUUACCGAGCGAUCUCGUGCUCGUCGGACAACCUGUUCUCAGUGUACAAUUGACUUAUCCGGCCCAAAGUACGCACCUCUUCUUGAAACUCCAAGACGUUUAUCCAGACGGUACUACGAGGCCUAUUUCAUGGAGCAGUGUAGUCCUCAGAAAGACUCAGCGGGAACAGAUCAAGAUUACGUUGGACGACAAUGCGUACAGGUUUAAGAAAGGCCACCGUAUACAGCUUCAUAUGGCUGCUAGUAACUUUCCUUACGCCGUGCCGCAUCCUGGUACAGACGAAAACCCAUGGACUGCUACUCGCAAGGUCAAGGCUGAGCACUUAUUGCUCGUGGGUGGAAAUAAGGGAGCUAUCUUAGAGUUGCCGACUAUAGAUAUUAGUACCUUAUCUGUAUCUGAACCUUAG